UCGGCGAGGACAGAGAGGAGAAAGAAGAAGAAGACGACGGAAGAGGGAGGAUUCUAUAGAUAUAGAGAGAGACAGAGAAAGAAAAGGAUCUAUAUCUAGAGAGAAAGAGAGAAAAGAAUGGAUCAGUCAUUUUUGCUUAUGCUAUCAAAUCUGCUGAACCUGCAAAACAAUCUCGAUCCCGCCGCCUCUUUGCUCUCCGAUUCCGCCUCCUUCGCCGCUUCCGCCACGUCGCCGACCUCGCUCCUAACCUCCACCUCCGCCGCUCCUCUUCUCUUCUUCACCAUUGCCUCCGUCCUCUCCUACGUCGCCUCCCACUCUCCCAACAAAAAACGCAAAACUUCUCCCAACAAUCCUUCAUCUCCUUCCGCCGCCGAGUUCUCCAUCUCCGCUUUUCGCGCGCUCUCAACCGAACACAUAUGGGCCAUGGAAGCUCCUCUAAGGGACGCUCAGUGGCGAUCCCUUUACGGCCUCUCUUACCCCGUCUUCACCACUGUUGUCGAUAAGCUCAAACCCUAUAUCACUCAAUCUCAGCUCUCACUCCCUUCCGAUUACGCUGUAGCUAUGGUACUCUCGCGCCUCUCCCAUGGGUUAUCGGCUAAAGCCCUAGCUUCCCGGUACGGUCUCGAACCCUACCUGAUUUCCAAAAUUACUAACAUGGUUACUCGCCUCCUGGCUACUAAGCUUUAUCCGGAAUUUAUUAAGAUCCCGGUGAGUCGUCGCCGGCUCGUGGAAACUACUCAGGGGUUUCAAGAGCUUACCUCGCUCCCGAACAUUUGCGGCGCCAUUGAUGGAACCCCAGUGCGGCUCCAUCAUCUUCCCUCAGACACGAUUAACUCUUCGAUGUACUACUGCAAAUACGGAUUCCCUUCGAUUCUGCUCCAGGUUGUGGCGGAUCACAAGAAGGUUUUCUGGGAUGUCUGUGUGAAAGCCCCCGGUGGGUUCGAUGACGCCACUCAUUUCAGGGAUAGUUUGCUGUAUAACAGGUUGAUUUCCGGGGACAUUGUCUGGGACAAGGUGAUCAAUGUCAGGGGACAGCAUGUGAGACCUUACCUAGUUGGGGACUGGGGUUUCCCAUUGCUGUCUUUCCUGCUCACUCCGUUUUCCUGGAACAGGACUGGAGGUCCUGCCCAGAAUGCAUUUGAUGAAGCAGUGGCGAAGGCGAGAAAGUCAGCUGAAGAAGCCAUUGGUUUGUUGAAGGGAAGGUGGAAGAUUCUUCAGGACUUGAAUGUGGAUCUCAGCCACGCGCCUCAAACAAUUGUUGCGUGCUGCGUCUUGCACAACUUGUGUCAGAUUGCAAGGGAGCCGGAGCCUGAGCUUUGGAAGGAGCCCAACGAGACUGGAUCAAUACCCAGGAUAUUGGAUAACGAGAAGUCUUUCCAUUACUAUGGUGAAAGCUCGAGGCAAGCAUUGGCUGAUGAUUUGUACCAGCGACUAUCUUCCAGAUGAGACGAUACUUUAACUCGUCACAGAAAGUGUUCUUACAUAUGUUAGGUAUUUCAUGACUCAGGAGUGUACUGACCAAUCUAGUUAUGGAAUUUUGGUUUCCUUUUAAAAGUAUGUUGCCUGAUUAUAUGCAGCAGAUUAUUGAUCAAGUGAUCAACUUGUGCUGCAAUUUUGUUCAGCAGCAUGUCUAUGAACAAAUGUGGUUAUAUAUGCUCUUCUUUUUUGUAUCCUAUUAAGUACUUUUAUA